AGCUGCAUCAAGCACCGACAAACAGCAAAAAAAAGCGUCAGCAAACACUGACAGCAGCACAAGUUCAGCAAAAGCAUCUGAAUUGAGUUGCAGCACCAAUCUCCCCCUCUAUAUAUUCCUUCACUUUCCGGUUCAUCUCUCUCCCUCUCCCUCUGUUAUCUUCUCAAUCAAUCUCCCGAUUCGCCUCCACCCCGAUCCACCUCCCCGCCGCCUCUGCACACACACGCAUAAAGGAGGCCCUUUUCUCCACUUCUUCCUUCCCCAGGCCGGCCGAUUUUUCAUCCUCCCGGAGGAUGGGCGAAUCCACCAGCGCGCUUCAGUCCAUCCUCUACGACCGUGGGUCGCUUCGCCUUCUCGACCAGAGGAAGCUGCCCCUCGAGGAGGUCUACAUCGAUGUCAAGGACUCCACCGAUGGAUGGAAUGCGAUCAGAGACAUGGUUGUCCGUGGUGCUCCCGCAAUAGCCAUAGCAGCAGCAUUAUCAUUAGCUGUUGAAGUUUUUAACCAGGAUUUCAUCGGUACAUCUGAGGAAGCAGCCUCAUUUGUUUCCAAGAAGUUGGAAUACCUUGUUUCCAGCCGGCCAACUGCAGUGAACCUAUCUGAUGCUGCCACAAAGCUUCAGAACUUAGUGCUAAGAACUGCUGAAACAGCAAAAGAUGCCAAAUCUAUCUUUCAGGUCUUUAUUGAAGCUACUGAGACUAUGCUAGUUGAUGAUGUGGCUGAUAAUAAGGCAAUUGGCUUGCAUGGAGCUGAAUUUCUUCAACGGCAGGUUGGAAGAUCGAAAAACAUCUCCGUUCUAACUCAUUGUAAUACUGGCAGCCUUGCAACUGCUGGUUAUGGAACUGCCCUUGGGGUUAUCCGUGCUCUGCACUCUGGAGGCGUUUUGGAGAAAGCCUUCUGCACUGAAACUCGUCCAUUCAACCAGGGUUCCAGGCUUACGGCUUUUGAGUUAGUUCAUGAUAAAAUACCUGCAACGUUGAUAGCAGAUUCUGCUGCAGCUGCACUGAUGAAUAAUGGACAGAUUCAAGCUGUAAUUGUCGGUGCUGAUCGUAUAGCUGCAAAUGGUGACACAGCCAACAAGAUAGGCACAUACAACCUGUCAAUUUCCGCAAAGCAUCACGGCGUGGAAUUUUACGUGGCAGCACCAGUAACUUCGAUUGAUCUCUCCCUUGCAUCUGGGAAGCAAAUCGUCAUAGAAGAAAGAUCUCCAAAGGAAUUGCUGAACUCUGAAGGUGGUCUAGGAAAGCAAGUCGCUGCGUCAGGUAUAUCGGUCUGGAACCCCGCCUUCGAUGUUACCCCAGCAAAUCUAAUAACCGCAAUCAUAACAGAGAAGGGAGUUAUCACAAAGUCUGAUCCUAAUGGAACGUUCGACAUCAAGGGUUUCAUCAAAUCUGCAAAGUAAUGAUCCCCAGCAGUGCAUGUCGAGAGCAUCCUUCUCAUACAAUUGAUGGUACGAGGCUCGUGAUGUAAACUCAUCAAUAUUCAAUAAGAUCUCCCGAGUGCGAGAGAAAUAAGUCAAGUCAUGGCAAAACACAUGUACAAGAUUUAAUUUCAGGCAGUGUUUUAUUGUUUUGACAAACGGGAUGCAUCUUUUGUUGAUGAAUUAUGAAGACGCUGUAAAACGAUUGUUUCUCAAUCCGGUUGGUGGGACCAGCUCCAAAUCAUUUGAAAUUGUGAACA